AAACGCAAGCUCUUUCUGUGGCGUGGACAUUACCGAAUGUCGCACCUCGCGAGCCCGAGUGCGCUGGGGCGCUACGUCGAGGACCGGCUGCGCCGUGGGCUCGAGCCCGUGCUCGAGGCCGGAUGGAUCGUGAGCCUCCUCGCGUAUGGCCACAAGCCGGAGCGCUUCCCAGACUUUGCCGAGGCCGCGCUGCAUGCAGCGAUCCGCGUGGCCGACAGCGGCGCCUUCCCGACGGUCGCCGCGUACUUGCGCCACGUCCACGAGGCGCAUGCGCUCACGAUGCCCAAGCGCGUGUGCGGCUACAUGUUUCAGCAGAACGAUAUCUCGUGGAGCUGCCGCGACUGCGAGAUGGACGAGACGUGCGUGCAGUGCCAGGCGUGCUUUGAGGCGUCCGACCACGACGGCCACCAAGUCUUCUUCCACCGGACGUCGCCGGGCGGCAUGUGCGACUGCGGCGACACGGAGGCGUGGCAGGUCCAUGGCAUGUGUCCGGCGCACCGCGUGCAGGCGAGCGAUGCGGACGUUGUCGAGACGCCGCUCGAGCUGCCGCCGCCAUUGACCGCCACGAUCCUCGACGUCUUGCGCGAGCUCAUUGUGUACAUGGUCGACGUCGCAGGUCGCGCGACCAACAACCACGACCCGACCAAGAUUGAGGCGCGGCUCAAGCCCAAGAAGCGCAAGCACACCGACGACGACGACCUCCCGACCUUGUAUCACGUGCGCAUCUCGAACGACGACGUGCACACGGACCAAGAUCUCACAGGAUCGCUCGUCGACAAGGGCUACUCGCUCGAGUUUGCCGAGCAGUUUACGCACUUAGUCGACGCCGACGGCGCCGCGCUCCUCAAGGAAAAAGUCCUCCUCCACGAAGCCCUGGCGCUCAUGCAGGCCAUGGAAGCGGAAGGCUGGCUCGCGUCGGUCGUCGACGACGACCAUCUCGCUCGCGAAGCCAUCGUUGUCCGUCUCUUCUCGUACAUCCACGGGCUCGCGCAGCUCUCGCCGACCUUGCAGCAGAUGCUCUUUGGCGUGCUCUUUGAGCCGCUUACGAGCAUCAACGACAAGGUCUACACCCACGUCUCGAGCGACAUGGAGCCGAUCGUCGAGCUCCUCACGGCGACGUCGGUGCUGCCCAAGGCGAUUGUGAUGGCGCUCCAUUCGGCGUACCUCCAUCUCAUGGGCGAUCGGACGCUCAAGUGGCAAUUCGCGCUCUUCUACGUCGAGGUCUACCAGCUGGUCAUGCGAGAGUACUUGUGCGGCGUCGGCACCAAAAACGAAGCCAUGUUUGGGCUCAGCGUGCAGAUCUUCACGACGCCGUCGAUCGUGCCGCAGCUCGUCGACGACAAGGGCCUCCUCUCGAUGCUGCUCCACGUGCUCGCCGAGGGCCUCGAGCUCACCAAGGUCGAUGACGACGAUCGACGACAUGGGCGCGUCAUCAAUUUGGACCACAUUGUGGUGCGAUUUACGCGGUACGAGCCCGUCAUCACGGACCUUGGGUUUGUGUUGCUCGUGCCGUCGGUCGCGCACGCCUUCCUCGAGCACCUCCCGACGUGGGCCCGCCUUCUUUAUGACGCGUCGCACCUGAACGCCCAGCUCCGAGUGCGCGAGUCGGAGCCGCACAUUGAACUCGAAGACAACAUGCCGUGGUACAAUGCGCUCCUGCUGCAUGUGAGCCUCGCGUCGGUCACGGAAAGCUUCUUCAAGGGGCUUCGCCUCGGCAAGCACGUGCUCGACAUCGAUGUCGCGGCGCUCAUCUGGGACGGCCUCUGGCCGGCGCUAACGGCGGCGCCGCUUCCGUACCAUACGAUCGGCCAGCAUCGAGUCGUGCAGUGUGACGUGGCCGCGGAGCCCGUGUCGCUGCACCACCCGCUGCACCAGGCGAUCGGUCUCUUUGUGCUCGAGCUGCUGGCGGUCGACACGAUCGACGUGAUCGCUUUUGCCCACGCCCGCGUGGGUCAUGUGGAUAAAUGGGACGUUCUGUUCGAGUUCCCGCUGCGCUCGCUCGUCUUGUCGGCGCAGAUUGCCAGUCAUCUCUGGGUGCGCAAUGGCCAAGAACUCAUGACACACGAAGUGACUAGCUACGCGGACCAAGCCUAUUACUUUCCCAACUUGACAGCACACGUGUCGUUUCGAGACGUGGACCUGACGCUGCUGCAAUUCGGCGUCGUUAUCCUCGGACCCGACGCCUUCUUGGCCCGCUUCUUGGACCGGUAUGGUCUCGCGUCGUAUCUCGCAUCACCGACAACACCUCGACUGUGGUCGAGUGAGAAGCAGACGCAGCUCGUCGCGCAGUCGCUGCUGCACUUGUUGUGGCUGCUCACCGAAGUGCCGCCGCCCGCGUCGCAAGGCGCCGAGAUCGGUCUCCGCCGCAAGCUCGUGCACUUGCUCUUGCACCAGCCGUGCAACUACUCGACGCUCCGCGACGAAGCGGCCAGUGUGUAUGCGUAUCCGCAGUACGACGCGCUGCCCGAAGACGCGCGCAACAAGCAGCUCCGGAGUGUCCUCGACGAGAUCGCCGAGAGCCAAUUGGCAGCGACCGACAGCAUCGCGCCCGCCAAGUAUGUGCUCAAGCACGCGGUGUAUCACGAGUACGACCCGGCGUGUCUGCAUCUGAGCGGGUCCCGGCACAUCAAGGCGCAGGAAGCUCGGCACGACGUCGUCUUCAAGAAUUGGCGUGACACGCCUGUGCCGCUCGUCGCCGCACUUCCGAUGCCCCAUGCGCAAAUGGCCCGCGUCCGCGACCUCGCCCUCACACCCGACUUGGUCGCCGUGCUCCGGCACUGCUUGCGCGACGCCCAGCUCGGCGGCGACGAGACCAUGCUGACGCGGACGGUGCACUUGCUCACGCUCCAGCUCCACGUUCUGAACGCGUCCUCGGAGCGUGACGCGGCGACGGCGGCUCUGGUGCCCGAGCUCACGAUGGCCGCAACACCGACCGACGCUCGCCUCGCGCUCCCUUUCCCGCCCGGCAACCAUGCCCCGUGCGGCGACGGCAGUCUCGUGCAGCUGCUGGCGGCGCAUGCGACGCGGCUGCGGGCCCUCGGCGAAGCGUCGCUGACGCCACUCUUGGCCGGUAUUCUCUACGUGCUCGCAGCGUAUGCGGCGAUGGACGAGGGGAUGGCGCGCUUCCUCGCCGCCGACGUCCUCCGUGUCGUGGCGCCAACAACGAGCAGCGGGCCCUUGGACGCCAAGGCGCGGCUCGCACUCCAAAAGCAAAAGCAGCAGCAGGCGAUGGCGGCGAUGCUGGCACGGCAGUCGCAGUUUGCGACCUCGCUGCUCGACGACGACGACGACGACGAGGCGGAUACCGAUCGGACGAAUGCGAUGCCGAUGGAGCAGCCGCCGCCCGAGUGCAUCAUCUGCGCUCACGUCAAGAAGGACGACCCUAUCAUGUUUAUCGGCCUUGCCCAGCGCAUUGGCCGGCCGCAGAGGAGUCAUGACGCGGCCAUCCACGUCCAGCUGUGUGGGCACGCAGUGCACCUCUCAUGCGUGGAGCAGUACCGAUGCACGAUGCGCCGCGAGACGGAUGCGUCGAUGCUCUCGGCGGUGGCCUUUGAUGCGGCGAGAGGCGAGUUCCUCUGCCCGCUCUGCAAGGCGCUGAGCAGCACGACGGUGCCGUUUGUGCCGCGACCGGCGCCAAGUACGUCCGGGCCGGCCAUGGAGGCCUUCUUCCAACGCGCGAGCAGUGUCGAGAGCGUCCUCGCGCACCUGCAGCAGCUCCCGUCGCGGCUUCGAUCGUCUGCGCCGCUGGCACCGCUGCCACCUGCGGCCCGCGAUGCCAUGCACGCGUAUGUGACGUCGCUGCAGAGGCCGCUCGAUUCGGCCGCGGCCACGGUUCUCGACACGGUCGCCGACGCAUUCGCAGCCGCCGAGACCCAAGGCCUCUCUGCGGCGCUGCUGCAUAUCGCGUAUGCCCCGACGGCGACGGCGACGCACCGGCUCGGCGUCGACUUGCCACCGGACGCCGACGGGUGCUUGGAUGCGCUGACGCCCCGGGACGACGCCAAGUUGGAAGCCCUUCGCCUCGUGCUGCAGCUGUUGCCAUCGCUUCUAGCCACCGACUACGUCGCCGCCGUUCCAGAUGCUCUCGCAAGAACGCUCGAAGGCGAUGUGCCCCACGCCGGCGCGCUCCCGGCUCUCUCAGCGCCGUUGCUGGCUCAAGACUUGUUUCCAUCGCUCCUUGUCGCGUGUGCGAUUAUACAGGACAAGGCAGAGAUCCUCUGGACGAUCCGGUCGUUCGCGGCGCUGCAGAUGGCCCAAGCCUUGGUCCAGACAACGACAGCGUGUGACGCGAUGACGCCUGACGGCGCGGUGACGUCCGUGGACGGCUGGCGCGCGUCGCUUGGCGGCUUUGAGACGACGGUCUUGACCUUUCUGCGGAAAGCAACCUUGCUCGCCCGCGCCAUCUUCCGCGGCCCCGAGGAUCCGGACGCGAGCUUGUACCUCAACUUUGUCUCGACCUUGCGCGGGUCGAGCUCGCUGCCGCGUCUGUGCCAGCAGCUCGGUGUGCCCCUUCCCGGCGACCUCUUUGGCGCCACGGCCUUUCGGAGCGUCUUGGCACCGCUCCUCGAAUCUGCGCAUGUGCCGGCGCUGCCGAUCAUGAUCGUGGGGAGUGUGCCGUGGGCGUGGCAUGUGCACAGCCCGCCGCUGCCGCAGAAGUACACGGACUUGUACGCGCUCCAUAGCGGCCACCGCUGCCCGAGUACGUCGCUAUCGAUGGAGACGACGGCGCUCUGCCUGCGCUGCGGCGUCGCAGUCUGCGCCGGCACCGACUGCUGCAAGGUCGACGGCCAAGGCGCCUGCUCGCGCCAUGUUGAGCACUGCGGCCACGGCAGCGGCGCCUUCUUCCUCCUCAAAGCGUGCAGCGUGCUGCUGGUGAGCAUGCAUGGCCGCGCCUGCUUCUUUACGUCGCCGUAUGUGGACGAGUACGGCGAAGAAGACAUUUACGUCAAGCGCGGGCGGCCGCUGCACCUGCGCUUCAAGCGGCUCGCGCUGCUCGUACAGCUCUUGGCCGGCCAUGGCAUCGCGCCCGAGGUGUCCAAGGUCCGUCGGACGUCCGAUCAGUACAUCCGCACCUAUUAUUAUUAAGCACAACGCGUCGC